AUGUUCAAGAAAGAUCUCCACGGCUCGCCAAAACAAAAACUCAAAUCCUCCAUCCAGCGUUCAAUCCGGCAGUCCAUCCUCACGACCUACCCUCUCCUAACCCCGCACAUCGACGAGGUGCUGCCCAAGAAGGGCUCCCUCGAGCAGAUCAAGCUGCCCGACCGCGUGCUGCUGUACGUGAUCGAGGGCCACCCACUCGUAUACCAGCAGGACAACAAUGGCGUGCUGCUCCCGCAUUUGCGCCUGGUGCACCGGUUCCCGCAGUGCUUCCCCACUAUACGUAUCGACCGCGGCGCUAUUCGGUUUGUGCUGUCUGGCGCCACGCUGAUGGCGCCUGGGCUGACGAGUAAGGGCGGGCGGUUGCCGAUUCCGGUAGAUCGGGAUGCUGUGGCGGCCGCGGCUGGGGGUGGGAACGAGGCGAAAAAGGCGAGUGAUGGGGGAGAUGAUGAGGGGGAGGGGAAGGAAGAGGAGGGUGCUAAGGUGCCAAAUGAGGGCCCAGAUGAGGAGGGGCAUUGGAGCCGGGAAUUGGAGAAGGGAGAGCCGGUAGUGAUUAUGGCUGAGGGGAAGGAGGAAGCUGCGGCUGUGGGCGUGUUGGUGAUGGGGACGAAGGAUAUCAAGGAGAAAGGGAAGGGGCCGGUGGUGGAGGAAGCACAUUUCCUUGGGGAUGGGCUGUGGCGGUUGAACAUAGACUAG